UCGUAAUAUCGGCCUGCUUCCCUGAACCUGUGGACUUCCAUUAGUUCAGUACCAAAGGGUGGACAUUAAAGAACAACGACUGAACAGACUCCAAGAUGGAUCUUGUGCUCAACGUUGCUGAUCAUUACUUUUUCACACCCUACGUUUACCCCUCUUCAUGGCCAGAAGAUGAACCUCUCCGUCAAAUCAUUGGUCUGCUGAUCCUGACCAAUCUUGGGGCCACUGUCCUGUACUUGGGCUUGGGUGCUCUCAGUUAUUAUUUCAUCUUUGAUCACACACUAAUGAAACACCCACAGUUUCUGGAGAACCAAGUGUGUCGAGAAAUAAAGUAUGCUCUGGGCUCUUUGCCAUGGAUCAGUAUACCCACCGUAGCUCUGUUCUUCGCCGAGGUUCGAGGAUACAGCAAACUGUACGACAACGUCGGUGAAUCUCCGCUGGGAUGGAGUGGUCUGAUUUUCAGCAUGGUGUCUUUCCUCUUCUUUACUGACAUGUGCAUUUACUGGAUUCACCGAUUCCUCCAUCACAAACUCAUUUACAAGCAUUUUCAUAAGCCUCAUCAUGUGUGGAAAAUUACCACUCCAUUCGCCAGCCAUGCCUUCCACCCAGUGGACGGCUUUCUCCAAGGCCUGCCCUACCACAUCUACCCAUUCCUCUUUCCCCUGCACAAAGUCCUCUACCUGGUCCUCUACAUCUUCGUCAACAUCUGGACCAUAUCCAUCCAUGAUGGAGACUACAGAGUUCCCAUCCUGCUGGAGAAAGUCAUCAACGGUUCUGCACAUCACACAGACCAUCACCUCUUCUUCGACUACAACUAUGGCCAGUAUUUCACCCUGUGGGACCGCCUCGGAGGCUCCUACCGACACCCCUCAGCGCUCAUGGGGAAGGGACCCCUCGACCUGGUGAAGAAACUUACACAAGAGGGCAAGCUGGCUAAAAAUGGACACACAAACGGACACCAGAAUGGAGCUGCCACGCGGGACAAAAAUGAAUAGAUCUUCCUGUUCUUUCAUCACAAGUGUAAUUUCACACUAGAACUGAUGGAGGUAACAUUUCACAAAUACUUUCACUGGCUGAUCUUUGUCUUGUUGGACUGUGAGUUAUAAAGAUGUCAAACUCCUUUGGUUCCACAGCAUUAUUGGGGAAUAUGAAAGUGAAAACCCUGAUUACUGAGAGAAUACUGGUGUACCAGCAUACUGAUAAAUUAAUUAAAAACAACCACAAAGUCUGCCAAAUAUAAACAUUUGCCAAUAUACACUGUUUGUAAUUUACUCUUCCUGAACAGCAAUAACAAUAAUUCAUAUGCGUAGGUGUGGUCAUAGAUUAUAUUUUUAUGUCACUAAAAACAAGACACAAAACCAAACAAAACAACCCUGACCAGUUCAAAAGAGUGUCACUCUGUGAUGCGUCACUCUGUGUUUUUCUCUUAAUGGUCUGAGUGAUUUGCUGCUGUUUUCCUCUUUCUUGUUUCUAGAUUUCAUCAAAGGCAACAAAGUAACAUCGAUGUAGCAGUCUUUUCCUCAUGCUGUUGCUAUGUGUGUUCUCAAAGCCAACUUUGCUUUUGUUUGAAUCUGACUUUGCUGAAUUUAUUGGGGCCUUUUGACAGACUGUUGUUUGUUUUGAAGGCUGGUUUUGAUCCCUUCCAGUGUAACAGGAGAAUAUGUUGACCUGGAGAGAGAUGUGCUUAUGGAAAUGUUUGAGUGGUUUCAUUGCAUGUCAGCGAGCUUUCAUUCCGCUCUCAUGUACAACUAAACUCUAGUGCAAUAAAAUUUGAUUUGACUUUAUCAUAAA